AUGGCUCCCAUCGCCCGCAUUGCUAUGGCCGUGUUGCUCUUCUCGGCCACCUUCAUCAACGCCGCCCCAACUCCCACCAACGGUGACAACGACCACAUUGCUGUCUUCAGCCGCGCUGUCUCCGCGGCCGACACCGGUGUCAAGCUCGUCUACAAGUGCACCGUCCCCAACACCAUGGCCAUCACCUUUGACGACGGCCCAUUCAACUACACCGCCGACCUCGUCAAGCUCUUCAAUAAGAAGAAGGCCAAGGCCACCUUCUUUAUCAACGGUGACAACAACGGCAAGAUCACCGAUUAUGCCGCCGGCGUCAAGCAGGCCUACCUCGACGGACACCAGAUCGCCUCCCACACCUGGGACCAUAAGGAUUUGACUACCUUGUCCGUUUCCCAGAUCAACACCGAAAUGAGCAAGCUCGAUACUGCCAUCAAGAAGAUCAUCGGUGUGUCGCCCACUUACAUGCGUCCUCCUUAUGGAAGCAUCAACGACCGCGUCACCAAGACCAUCGGUGCCAAGUACACCAUCGUCAUUUGGAGCCAGGACACCAACGAUUGGCAACACGAGAGCGAUUGGAAGAAGAGCUACAAGGUCUACACCGACAAGAUCAAGAAGGCCAACGGCAAGGCCGGCGAUAUUAUUCUCCAGCACGAGACCAUCAAGCUGACUGCCCAGGAGCUCGCCCCCAGGGCCAUCGACUACGCUCAGUCCAUGGGAUGGAAGCUCGUCACCGUCGGUGAGUGCCUUGGCAAGCCCAAGAGCACCUGGUACCGCAAGUAA